AUGGCUCUGGGACCCAAAAUUCUUGAUCGAAAACUCCGACUGGCAUUGGUCCAGCGCCAGCGUGAGGGGAGGCUCAUUCAACCAGCUUCCCCAAGCGAAGUGCAAGGCACCAUCGACUUUGGAUCCAACGAUACCCUAUCCCUGUCAAGCUCCGGCGCUUUGAGUGGAGCCUUUUUGCACCAGCUUGAGAAUCAUCCAGAUUUCACAGUCGGGAGCAGCAGCACCCGCGUCUUUGAAGGUACCAGGCAGUAUCUUGAAGAUAUUGAGCGUGACCUGGCUAUAUUCUACAAAGCUGAGAAUGCAAUGGUAUUCGGCUCCGGGUUUGACGCGAAUGUGGCCAUUUGGUCUGUGAUCUCGCAGCCUGGAGACAUCGUCAUCUUCGAUGAACUUAUGCAUGCCUGUGCUCGUCAGGGAAUGAAGAAUGGGCGUGCUAAGGCAGUGCCAUUUGUGCACAACGACUGUGCCUCCCUCCGGAAUUGUCUCGAGAACGCCCGAGAGCGGAACCGCGGCAUCACAGAGGGCAAGCAAGUGGUAUUUAUCUGCUUUGAAUCAGUCUACAGCAUGGAUGGAGACGAGGCUCCCAUCCAUGAAAUCAUUAAAAUAGCAUCCGAAUCACUUCCCCUGGGCAAUUAUGUGCUUGUUAUCGAUGAAGCCCAUUCCAACGGGCUCGUUGGUCCCAACGGAUCAGGUUUGAUUCGUCAAUAUGGUCUGGAAGAAAAGUUCACUAUCAGGGUCCAGACCUGUGGUAAAGCCCUCGGGGCAUCAGGAGGUGAGGUUCUAGCUUCAUCUGCAACGCAACCCGCUAAAAUACCUGAAGGUGUUGUUUUAUGCAACAACACGAUCAAGCAAACCUUGCUGAACUAUCCCGGCAAUGUCAUAUUCACAACGGCUCCCAGCUUUGUGACAGUUGCAGCCAUAAGGGCUGCAUAUGAGCUACUGGCAAGUGAAGGUGGUGACAGACGUCGAGCGCAACUGCAGCACAACAUCGAGUUUACCUACUGGACUUUGACAAACCACCCACAAUGGGAGCAAGCUAAGGACAGAGGCAUCAUUCGACUUCCAACAGAGACAGGCUGGCACUCUAGGGCAUUCAGAUCCGCUAUCUUCGCACUUGUAACACAGCCGGGCAAGGCGCGCAGCCUGGCGAAGCCCCUACAGCAGGCUAAAUUCUGGGUCAAUGCAGUCGAGUUUCCGAUUGUGCCGAGGAACCUGGACCGGAUGCGACUCAUGAUACAUGCUGAUAAUACCGAGGAGCAAAUCAGCGCCGUUGUGCAACUUAUUAUGAGGUGGGCGAUGGGACAAAUGGAGUCGGAGACGAUGAACUCGGACAGAAUGGCACGACUAUAG